AUGGAUCCCAAGCCCAAAGGAAAGGUGUUGCCUCAAAAACUAGAUGGAAACCUGGCUCAUCUGGGGAAGUGCCUGACUGCAGGCAAGGACUCCUCAAAGAUAAAGAUACAACCUCUUUCUCUAUGCAAUGACUAUUGCCAUCCAGGAUAUAGUAAAAGAAAGGUAGAAGGGAAGCCAUUUUGCUGCUAUGAUUGCCUUCCAUGUCCAAAGGGGAAGAUUUCAAACUUGAGUGAUGUGGAUGACUGUUUUCAGUGUCCAGAAGAUCAGUAUCCAAACAAAGAUCAGGAUGGUUGCAUUCUAAAGGAUAUACAUUUCUUGUCUUAUGAAGAACCCUUGGGGUUGAUUCUAGCCACUGUUGCUCUUUCCUUUUCUCUCCUUACAGCUCUGGUGCUUGCGAUCUUCAUUAAGCACCAGGACACUCCUAUAGUCAAGGCCAACAACCGUAACCUCACCUACACUCUCUUGGUUUCCCUUAUGCUCUCUUUCCUCUGCUCUUUGUUCUUUAUUGGCCGACCUAAGAAGGUGACAUGCGUCUUUCGACAAACUGCUUUUAGCAUCAUUUUCUCAGUGGCUGUUUCUUGCAUUUUGGCCAAAACCAUCACUGUUGUUCUUGCUUUCAUGGCCACCAAGCCAGGAUCCAGGGCAAGGAAAUGGGUCGGGAAAGGAACGGCCAACUCUGUUGUAUUUUCCUGUUCUCUUAUUCAAGUCACUAUCUGCACUGUGUGGUUGGCAACUUCUCCCCCAUUCCUAAAUUUUGACAUGCUUUCAAUGACUGAAGAAAUUAUACUAGAAUGUAAUGAAGGGUCAGUCACCAUGUUUUGCUCUGUCCUGGGUUAUAUGAGCUUUCUAGCAACCAUCAGCUUCUGUGUGGCAUUUCUAGCCAGGAAGUUACCUGAUAGUUUCAAUGAAGCAAAAUUCAUCACUUUCAGCAUGUUCAUCUUUUGCAGUGUUUGGCUGUCCUUUGUCCCAACCUACUUAAGUACCAAAGGGAAGUAUAUGGUGGUUGUGGAGAUCUUCUCUAUCUUGGCAUCUAGUGCUGGGUUACUGGGCUGUAUCUUUUCCCCAAAAUGUUAUAUCAUUUUGCUGAGGCCAGACUUGAACAACCGAGAGCAACUCAUAAGAAAAAAGAAUUAA